UGUAAACAACAUUUCAUGAUAUCGAGUUUCGAAAGUAAAAGUGAUCUUUGGUUAUCUGUAACAGAGACUAAACCAUCAUAAAUAAAAUUAAGGUUUCAGAAUUAAAAUAUAUGAGAUGAAAAAAAUAAAUUUUUCUCGAAAACAAUUUUCUCCUUUAAAACAUCAUUUCUUUACGUUUAUUACUAAGGAAUAUUGUGGUAUUUUAAAAUUAGUUCCUGCUUGAUAAUUAAAAUGUUUUUAUUAUAUAUAUGCACUGUAUUCGUACUUUUAAUCAUAUCAUUGAGCAGUUCUGUGCCUUACCCAAGCAGUAGAUGUCAUGAAAAUGAUUGUUCGUUUCAGUUUCCAGAUUUUAAGAAGGACAUAUGUAAGAUUUAUAACACUUCAGUUUGUUUAGAUUUUUACAAUUUUAAAGAAUCAUCUGAAGAGACGCUGAGAUCUGAGGAUGAAUCCAAAUUUAAUGUCUCGGUUGUUCCUUAUAUAGCAGAACUAUUUGUCUAUCCCAAGUCUGUUGUGCGUUCAGCUAUUAAUAUUACAUUUACAGUUAAUAGUGCUGAUAUUGAUGAACUGGUUAUUAAAAUAUCUACAAAAGCUUCUUCAAGACCAAUAUGUCGGAUAUUGGACUUUCAGAAUGUAAACAUUAGUAAACACUUUCCUAUUAAUUUAUUUUAUGACUGCUUGUUCAAUAUGGUCGAACAUAGGAUGGAAAAUGUGCUCAUGGAUUUUAUAGCCUUACCAUUAAAAGAAAAACUAAGCUAUUAUGUUUUUAUUCCUGGAACUGAAUAUCCUGGUUCUUGUACGUGGCAGUCUCUCAUCAUGGUGUUUAGUGGAAGUUUGCAAAAUGGAAUAGUGCAAGUGAAAUUUUCGCAAGCUUCGGAAUUGUAUAAUGUAUCAUCCUAUGUUAUAAAAUUAACUGAAAAUCUUUCUGGUAAUGAAAAAAUCACAGACAUAACACCUGAUAUUAGCAGAAGCAUGUUGUUUGCUCAAUUUUCGUCAGUUGAUGACGGUGCUUAUUCAGUUUCUGUGAAACCAAUAAUUUGGGGGUUACAUGAAAGUUGCUGGGCCGAAACUGAUAUAUUUCUUGUUGAGAAACCUAAAUCUGAUCAUAGGCUGAUCAUAUAUCUCUGCAUCUUUAUUUUAUUAAUUUUCAGUGCCUUAGUUUUUCUGAAAUUGUUUCGUCGCAAUAUUGCUAAAUUAAGGUUUGGCUCUAAACGGCGGGUUCUCCUUUUAUAUUCGCAUGAUUGCAAGGAACAUAAAGACUUUGUUAUAGCUUUCGUGAAGUAUCUGAUAGAGCACUGUCAUGUGGAAGUUUUCACUAUCUAUGGUGAACUACCCAUAGUAUGGAUCUCAGAUGAGAAACCAUUUAAUAAUGCCCCAAUUGUGAAUGAAUGUAACCCAUUGGAAUGGGUAAAAAAAAAGUACAAUGAAUGCGAUGUCAUCAUGUUUUUAAUAUCUGCUGGUUUGUACCAUACCUUAGAUAAAAAGCAUUCUCUUCCUAUUCAGACGUAUCAUGAAUGGAGAAAGCAGCUUCUCUGGGCCACGGAAUUCAUUUUAUUAGAACUAGUCAAUGGUGCCGAAAAUAAAAAAAUCUGUAAAAUUUGCUUUCCACAUGCAGGUAAAGAAUAUAUUCCCGAUCGUUUGCAGCUAGAUUGUGUAAAAUGUUAUACUUUUCCGCAAGAAAUGAAUAACCUUAUAAAUUUUAUGCAUGAUUCUGGUGAAUGUUUUGUAUGCAAUAAAUUAUGUGUUACUAAUUACGAAUCAUCAUUUGAAAAUACAAAUUUAUUUGAGAAAAUGAGAGACGUUCAAGUAGCUGUAGAUAAUGAUUCUCAUAUUCGCAUUAUCACACCACUUAGCGAAACUUUUGAGAAUGAUUUGAAUUUUACUGAUCUCCAUGAUAAAUCUGAAAAUGUUGUCGAAAUUUCCACAACUUCAGACUCUUCAGAUGAAAAUUCUGAUUCUGUUAGUUAUAUCCUUUCACCAAGCAUGCCUAAACCCUUGCUGAAAGAAAGUUUUGUAAAUAUUUCCUCAUAUGGUUUAUCUGAUUAUAUUCGUCCCAUCAGAGAAAGUGAAGAUUUUUUCGACGAAUCUGGAAGUGAUUCUGACAGUGAAGAUUUAAAUUUAUGCUAUCCUCCUAAACUUUAUAAUGAAAAUGAAGCCAGUCGUGUUAUUGAAGAUAUUUUUAAUAAAAACUUGACUUGAAAAAUUAGGUUCACUAGUUUUGUAAAUACAUCUAGAUACAUAACUUAGAAUUCCUGAAAAAAAAUGUGAAGUAUUUUUCUAACGAUGAAAAA